UAGUACUGUGUAUGCAUACACUCGCUCAACCAUUUACACACUGCAUGCAUGCACUGUUGCUGUGUAGAAAUGCAUGUAUGACAUGAUCCGAUGUCGCGAUUAUGUGCACAUAAUAUGCUCGCUGAAGUAUUGGAAGAUUUGCACUCAAUGUUAUAGUUAACUCUGGUUUUCUUCGCGAUUUCAUCGCUUUUAUGCCAAAGGAGUCGGUCCUGCCCAUUCACCAUUUUCUUUGGAUUUAUUACCACGGAUUUUUAGCCACCGGAGGACCUGUUCCGUGCUUCUAGUGCACCAUUUUUGUUGGAUUGUGUGUUCUUGUUACUGGCCGUGCUGUGCCCGUAGCGGCACUCACUGCUUCUGAGUUUUCAUCUCGGCUAGCUACGGGUCGGCUAGCCGCAUUGCAACGUGCGUGCGAUGGGUUGCUUCGGGAACGGCCUGUCAAGCGAAGAGAAAGAUGAAGAAAAGAAGCGAAAGGAGGCCAACAAGAAAAUUGAAAAGCAACUCCAGAAGGACAAGCAAAUAUACAGAGCAACGCAUCGGCUAUUAUUGCUUGGUGCUGGUGAAUCAGGAAAAAGUACCAUCGUGAAACAAAUGAGAAUUCUUCAUGUAGAUGGAUUCUCACCCGAUGAAAGAAAGAAGAAAAUAGAAGAUAUAAGAAGGAAUAUUCGAGAUGCAAUUAUUACAAUAACAGGGGCCAUGAGCACAUUGUCACCGCCUAUUCAACUAGCAGAACCUCAGAACCAAUUCCGGUUGGAUUAUAUUCAAGAUGUCUCCAGUUCACCAGACUUCGACUACCCAGAAGAAUUUUGGGACCAUACAAAACAUUUAUGGAUAGAUGCUGGAGUUCAAGCAUGCUACGACAGGUCGCACGAAUAUCAACUUAUAGAUAGCGCACAAUAUUUUUUAGAUAGAGUUGAUACAAUAAGAAGACCAGACUACGCUCCUGACUUACAGGACAUUCUCCGGUGUCGUGUCUUGACGUCUGGUAUCUUUGAAACAAAAUUCCAAGUGGACAAAGUCAACUUUCACAUGUUCGAUGUAGGAGGACAGAGAGAUGAAAGGAGAAAAUGGAUCCAAUGUUUCAAUGAUGUGACGGCCAUCAUCUUCGUAGUAGCCUGCAGUAGUUACAACCUUGUGUUGAGGGAAGACCCUAACCAGAACAGACUGAGGGAAUCACUAGAACUCUUCAGAAGCAUUUGGAAUAACAGGUGGUUGCGGACAAUUUCAGUGAUUCUCUUCCUCAACAAGCAGGACUUACUGGCUGAGAAAGUGUUAGCAGGAAGGUCAAAGAUUGAGGACUACUUUAGCGAGUAUGCAAUGUACACAAUCCCACCCGAUGCCGCUACAGACACCGGUGAACCCGAAGAGGUGUUGCGAGCCAAGUACUUCAUCAGAGAUGAAUUUCUGCGAAUCAGCACGGCAAGCGGCGACGGCCGACAUUACUGCUACCCCCACUUCACCUGUGCCGUGGAUACAGAGAACAUUCGACGAGUCUUUGACGAUUGUCGCGACAUCAUCCAAAGGAUGCAUCUUCGGCAAUACGAGUUGCUGUGACCUUUGACCCUUGGGUCACCCGCCAAGGGCGUGGGAGACUGUUCUUUUGCAAUCACAGCAGCACUAGUCGUUAUUGUCAUCGCCGUCAUCCUAACAAAGAAAUUGGGAGAAGGGACAGCAUCCAGAAGAAUAAUCAGAAUUAAUGAGGGUUAGGGGAGAUAUUUAAGAUUUUAAACUCUUUUAAGGUAAAACCAAUCAACGUUACUCCUCUGUUCCCUUCCACCAGACUCUUAAUUUCAGGUGAAAAAAAGGGAAAGGGGGAGAAAAAAAUAGUUGGUGGAAAACAUUUUCAUACCUAAUGGCUGUAUAAAGGCUCUGUAUUGAGUAUGUGGAAAUUCAUUUCUUUUUGUAAAAUUUUUAUUUUUAUUUUGUUUGAAUAUUCUUUGUUGUUGUAUCCUAGAUGAGGAAGCAUUAAGAGCAUCAUGAAGUCAAUCUCUUUCAGUCAGAUACUGUGGGUGUUUUAGAUGGAAGUUUGUUGUUUGGAGUCGGCGUGUGUGGUGUUUUAAAAGACAAAAACAAAAAAACAGAUUACUAUUAUAACUUAGGAACAUUAUGUGAUGACCUAACAAGUUUUCCUUCUUCUGUUAAAUUCAUUGUGUUGCAAUUUCUCGUAGCUGGCUUCAUAAUUGUUUGUAACAGGCUUUAAGAGCAGUAUAAACUAUAAAUUAAGUUGCAUUUUAUUGGAGGCUGUAGACAGAGUAAGAUGGAGAGAGAGAGAGAAACUCACAAAUAUCAUGUUUAUUGUUAACAUACCAUAGAAGCAAAAUCUUUCUCCCUUUCCUAGACUUUUUAUAUGAUAUCUUUGGUCCCCCUCUCUCUCUCUUCCUCUCUCUUUCCUCUAGAUUUUUAUUUAAAAAAAAAGAAUUAUCAAAUUGAUUGUUUUUGCAUUUGAGGUCUGUUUGUACAAUCACAGCUGAUUAUUAAGUCUGUGUUUUUACAUCCAACUACCUUCAGAUAGGUUACCAGGACCAUAACAUGUCGUAAUGAAUUAUUUGUGUCCUUUUUACUAUACUAAAAGCAUGCAGAAUGUGUACAUAUUUCAGAAAUAAAGCAAUUCACACAAUGUCGCAUUGGAAACCAGGAGAAAUUGGAAGAAAAACAAAUGAGGAGAAAAAGAACAUGAAAUGUGAAAGAAAUGACUAAUAAUUGCGCUUUUUCAGCAUAAUACCGUUUCUUUCAUAUUGAAAUUGAAAAGAGGAGAAGAGGGAUGGAUCGAUCCUGGUUUUCCUCUUUUUCUUUUGUAGGGAAUGCGUAUGUAAGCACAGAAUUCUGUAAAUAUUAUGUCUUUAUCUGUCCAUAUGUCUUUUCUGUGUGUCAUCUAUCUAUAUUUAUAUCAAUGGUUUAGCCCCCAUUGACAUGCAAUGUUUAAUUCGAAAAAUCAACCAAAACGGCGCACGGGAUCAAAGUUCUGGCGGCUUGUACACCCCCCCCCCCCGACCCCCAGUUCUAUUAUGAAUUGAAUCAACACAGCUAAAAAAAAAAGAAAAGAAAGUGAGAUUUAGAAGUUCUUUAGAUGAAAUCUAAGAACUGCAAUGGUACAAUAUUAACAGAAAGUCACUUAGCAAAGUUUAUUUGUGGUUAAAUUUGCUAGUAUAAGAUGGUAGAAUCUGCUCUCAGCCUUGUAGCUGUAAAGUUCCUAGCCCAUGUAUUAAAAUUUAUUAUUAGUUUGAUGCUGCGAGUAGUGGUUUCACUUUUACGAAUAUCAGCAAUGGCACAUUAUAAGUAAUAUUAUGACAAUGUUUUCAUUUGUCUUUGCUUUAGUGGGUUACAUUUCUUUUGAAGAGCAGCAUUUUUUCACAACAUUCUAUCUAUCUGAAGUGGUACGUUUGUAGGCUCUCACGCUUUCUGUAAUGAAUAACUUUUAUGUUUGCUGUCUGUCCAAGAAGCAGUUACGGGACAUUUGGGAAAUCCCCCAUGUUAGAAUAAAACUAUUCAUAACAUGUAGGUACCUGGUCAUUUGUGUAGGCUAUAGUCAGAUAAACACAAGUAAAUGCUCAGCUCUAGUUCCCCUUCUAAAACAUGUGCCAUUUGCGAAACUAUAAAUAACAAACGUGGACCUAGAGUGAAGGGUAGUAUGUUGGUCCUUGGAAUAUAAAAUAUUGAUAGUGAAAUGAAUGAAUGAAAGUUAUGUGUGCUAUUACUCUUUAACUGGUGCAGCAGUCGGGGGUUAUGCAGCGAUCGAUGAGCACGGUGGAAAUGUUUCCCCCGAUCACGUUCGCACUCGAUGCGAUAGGCACCCACAACCCAUUUUCAGAUUACUCGCUGCAAAAUACAAUACGAAUGAUAUCCCACGUCGUCUUGGCGGUUGAUGCGUCGAACAUUGCACCGUAGCCUUAUGUGCGUUUCAUCAGAAUUCAGAUCAAAUGGUUGAUUAAUGAGUUAUUAAAACCAACAUGGCUUCACUUGUACAGUGUUUUAUUUCAGACGUAGGAUGAGGAAGCUAACUACCAAUAACCAGUUGAAAACCUCUGAUUAUUUGUUUCGUCAUCUGUUUUCAUUUUCCCCGUUCUCUCGAGCUUUUUCUAUUGAAAUGAUGUACCUAUAAUUAUAUGUGAGAAAUGAUAAUGGAGAAGAUUUGAACUGUAGAUAUUUACAAACUAGCAAAAAAUUGUGUGUUGGUGUCAGUAUUGAAUGAUCAGAUGUGAUUAAAAAAAAGUAUGAAGUAAAUAACAAGGACAGAAGAUACUGUUUUCAAGUUUACGAACAUACUACUACUACAAGAUACUACUACUUCUUCAGCUAUUACUACUGUACAACAACUACUACUACUAUCUCUUGGUUUAUCGUGAUUUUAGACAAGAUUUUUAUGAUGUGAAUUGGUAAUCAUGCAUUUAAGCAGCAGACCUGUGUAUUUAAGAGAAAUGUGUUGGGAUACAAGACGACUGUUUUUGUAUAUCAGUGCGAGUGUUGCCGAAUGAAUGUGGGUGUGCCUGUGCGGGUGUGGGAGUGUGUGUGUGCGUGUGUGCCUGAGCAUAUUGGAUGCGCAGGAUUAAGUAUGAAUGUUUUACUCUAGUUCUCUGUGUUCAGUUUUACCCGUUACCGUAUCGUUGUGUAUCUUCAGGUUGAAAGGUACACUGAUCCAUUUCUCUCUUGAUGAAGUCUGACGACGGUUUCAUUGUCUCGUAAUGCAGGUCAAAGGUCAAACUGUCUCAUUUGUAUAUUAACACUAGCUUAGCUUUGUCGUUGGGACAGAGCCGGAGUGUCAUUGCACAAUUUGAAACCAGAUAUGUUUUAAUUUGAAUCGGGGAAUCUAGAAGUUGUCAUUGAUAAUAAAUGAAAUGACAUGUGUCAUUAGUAGCAAUGGGUACAAGUCAAGUCAGAAGUAUUUCCCUGUCUCAAAUGAAAAUGCCUCAAAAAGAGUUUGGAAAAAUGGGAUGUGAUAGAUCAUUUCCUUUUCUCUAAAUAAUAAUAGAUGUCAAUGUGGUAGCAUGAGAAAGGUCACUUAAUUCUCUUUAAAGUGAUGCUAUAGAUGUUUACGAUUACACCUUUGGGCAUAGGAAACAAAUCUUAAAUAUGGUCUAAAUUAAAUACAAACUUAUCACUAUUUGCCAUAGAGGGCAAUGAAAAGGGUUUUUUUUUUAUGGAUUAGGAUAUGUUGUUCUCAGUUGGUUCUUGGCCUUAUCCAAAUUAUGAAAGAAUGAAAUUAUGCACCUCCACAUAAGCCAUAUUAAUCACUUCAUGAGGAUUGGACUCUCUUUCUAAGGGCAUUAAAUAAGAGAAGGUGGUUUGAUUGAUCAGGCUUAUUUCAAACUUUUUUUGAGGAGUUGGCAUCUGUUGUUGAAAUAAAUGGCACAGAAGCUGCCAUUCAAAUAUAUCUCAUGAUUACUUUCAAAGAAAUUAGCUGCAAAUAGGUAAUAUCUUCCUGUUGAAUGACACCGAAUAUUAUUGGUCUAAAGUGAUAAUGAAUGAACUCAAGUUUAUAAAAAGAAACCAGGAGAAAUGAGUAGAAAAUCAAAUUAAUUUGUGUGUUUUGUUUCUGUGUCUAUUUUUUCUCAUUUCUUUUCUUUUAUAAGCAGCUUGACAGAUAAUUUAGGUGGUGUAUGUCUAAUUAUGUACACUGUGGAUGUAAAAAGAAGCUUUUGGCAAUAUAUAAGAUGUCUCUCUUAUAUUUCCCGAGGAAAUUUUGGAAUCCGAUGUUUCUUCUCGUCCGACAUUUGUAAUUUGUAUAUAAUUCUGUACAGGUAUAUUAGAAAUGAGUUUAUUAUCAUUCCCAAACAAUAGACUUUUUUUUCUUCUGUUUUGAGUAGAAUUUAUUAAAAUACAAGUAAAUGUGUGAAAUUUCGCUAAAUAUCUUUCUUUUUUUAUGUAGAUAAGUCAAGAUGUUUAUAAUAUGGAAGAGAAGCAUGUGUCACUUAUAAACCUCAGUCAAGGAAUGGGGGAAAACUGCUGGAUUAUUAUAAGAAUGAUAUUGAGAGUUAUCAUACCAGGCUUACAGGUGAUGGGGCCGACCCAUUCUCACUUAUCUGUGAAACAGAGCACAAUAUUGCUUGACAGCAUGAACAUGAAUAUAUGCUGCUGUGUAACCAGGGCUUACUCCUUGAUCUUGAGGUCAAGAACAUUAAACUUGAUAUUUGUAGAAAGUUCAGCCACAGAAUGGGCAUUUUAAAUUUGCAAAGUAAAUUAUUAUUGCCACCCAGUACAAGAAAGUUCUUUCUAAGCAAGGGUGAUUAAAUGACAUAUCUCCAAAGGUUUAAGAUUUGUAAUAAUAAUAUUUGAUAUAAUAGUGUGUUUCGGCAUCUUCACUAAAUGGAGCUGACCUUAUAAUUAAAGUAUUUAUUAUAUAAAAAUAAUAAAUUUGACACAGUGAUAUAUUUGAAUUAUUUAAUAGUAAUGCAAUGGUAAACUACGGAUGGCAAUCAUGCAAACAAUUAUUGCUAAUUAAUUAAUAAUGACUUUUAAUCAAUGGGCUUGAUUAUAUUACAUAUUUGCCAAAAAUCAUGCAUGUAGGGUUUUGCAAUGUGAUCAAGAAAAUUGGUUUAUGCCUUCAAUUGAAAUAUCAGUGAAAAGGGGUCAAAAAGCAUAAAAAGGAAGUUGGAUAUUAGAAAGAAUCUGAUAUGGAUUAAGAAAACGUAGAAUGACUGGUCUUAUUUUGGCAUGCAGUGGUUCUAAUAUUUUUUUUUUUGUUCGUACGAAGAUGGAAAGAAAUUGUCAUAUGAGUGUAUAAAUAUAAACCUGCAAUUCUUGUACAUGUGGACGUUUAUAUCUUGUCUUGAAAGUAAGAAAGAAAGAAAGAAAGAAGAAAAAUCAAACCCGA